UUCGUUUUAGCGGUCUAUAUUGUGUGUAAAUAUGAGUGACGAUCUGCUACAGUUCACAGCAACAUCAGAACAACCUGUUAUUGCUGCCCCUGCGAGCUCACAAUCGGCUGUUGCUCCUCCUCCUCCCCCUCCAUCAUCAUCUCCCCCCUCUACUCCGGUAUUAUCUACCGCAUCACCAGUAGCGUCAUCAGCAUCAGCAGCAGUGGCUCCAUCACCUAAAGCCUAUGAUGGUGCUGCAACUGGUGUUGAUCUUGUCCAGUCCCCUACAGAGGACCUUCCCACUACGAUAAAUGGAUCAGAUAAAGAGAGAUGUUCAUCUGUCGAUAGUUAUACCGAGUUGUCUAGGAGUGAGGAAGAGAAGAAAACAUCCUUACGUGCCAAGGCACAAGAGAACAUCAAGUCAUUUUAUACUAAUCGAGCGGCGAAGAUAGAAGAGAACAGAAAGGAUCAACUCCAGGCUGAGAAGGAGUUCAUUGAUCGCAUGAAUCAGAUGGAUACCACCGCUACUGCUUCCAACCCAUGGAGCGUCGUAGCCAAUCACAUAAACUUUUACAAGGAUCCUGCCAGCAGUGUAGCUGCUACCACGAGCAAUGGUAGUAAUAAAACAUCCAGUGAGAGGGCAGCUCAUAAGGAGCGUGAGGGCCAGAAGGAUGGUGGGAAUCAGACUCGGAUGAAGCAGCUAUUGCAGGAUCUGAGGAAGAAUGGUUUAAAUGUUAACCACCAUACCACUGCCGGUGUUGGUGCAUAAACUGAUGGUUGCAUCUGGUAUUCGGGUGAUGA